CCGAAUUCUCAUCAGAUUCGGUGCGAUGGUAUGCCUGCAAUUCGAUCGCGAGAUCAUGUUUGCUGUGUCCUGCUCGUCGCCGACGGCCUUCGGCGCUAACCCUUUCGAAUUUCUCCCCGCCCAGGCAAUUUUAGCCUGUAAAACCUUGCCUGCUGUUCGCGCGUCUUCCGUCCUUCAACUCUCUCCCUCCUCCACCAUCCGGAGCAUCGCUCCACCAUCCACCUUCGCUUGUCCCUGGCGCUUUUAUCCCAUUCAGCCACAAUGAACUCUCGAGACCACGCCGAUAUGCCUCCGGCUUCUUCCUACCCGUCCCCCAACGCGGCGCAGAUGAGCCAAGGCGCCAUGCAGUACUACAACCGCCAGUUGACCGCCGACGAACUUCUGUCAGCUGAGCUUUCGCGCGAAACCUCUGGACCUGGCCUCGCCGAUGGCUCAAGCAAUGGCGUCCACCAUGGUCAGUCGAUGGUUCUAGGAUCCUCCAAUCCUGGUGGCGCUGAUAUGGGCCGUCCUUCCUCCCCCGACCAGCACCAACAACAACAUAUGCUGCAAUUCACCCCGAGCCAGCAAGUCGGAGUCGACCCCAACCACGACCUGAGCUAUGGAGACCAGAGCGCGAGACGGAAGAGAUCCAAGAUUUCCCGGGCAUGCGAUGAGUGCAGGCGCAAAAAGGUCCGUUGCGAUGCAAGCUCGGAAUCCGGUGUUGAAACUUGUUCAAAUUGUCGCCGGCUUGGAGUCGUAUGCCAGUUCAGUCGUGUUCCCAUGAAACGUGGCCCUAGCAAAGGUUACAUUAAAGAGCUUGCCGAACGAUUGCAUACCCUCGAAAGCCAGAUGCAACCUACUAUGGUUCAUCCCGACAUGCCAUAUCAGACUAUGAACGAAGUGUCUUCUCCAAGGGCGUACCAAGACUUCUCGCCACCAAUCGACGCUGGCCCUAUUGGUCGCAAGAGAACAUACUCCGUGUUUGAAGGGCUUCCAAGCUCAUCUUUCGCGCAGGCGCCGUUUAAUACUCGCUCUCAGAAUGCUUUUGAGGCUGGAGAAAGCGCAACGGAUCCUUGCAAUCCCUCGGUCGUGAAUCACACCGCACCCAAAUCCGGAAAUCUCUUCUGGUCAACUGGCAAUGAGACCGACUUGCCGGCUGGGCUUGACAUACCCGAAGUGCCUAAGCAAGCAUUGGACGAGGAUAUGACACCCUUGGAUGUGGAUGAAGGCGCUCUCAACGCGUACUACCAGAAGAUUCACCCAGUCCUCCCCAUUUUGCCACACUCAAAGGAGCGACUUCUUGAGCUUCUACACCAAUGCAGCCGAGAGGUGCAGGAGAUAUUCCUGUACAGCUUGCUCACGGUGACACGUACCAACAUGGAUCGCAUGACAAAUGCGUUUGAGAGGGUAACAUCGUUCGACAAUGCACAGGAUCUUCUCUUGUACUAUACACGACAGCCUGCCAUGCUCCGCCCAGCAGCUAUCAACUUGGUCUGGCUCCAGACUUUACUCCUCAUGAUUGUUGACUGUGACUCGAGGGGCCCAGACAACUUCGUGAUGAAGGAUGGAGUGCCCAAGCACACUCUCAUUCAAUCUGCGACAAAGCUCGGCUCAGAUAUGGCGAAAGCCUUCGGACAGCUGAGAACCAAGCGAUCGUCUGAUCCAGACGUUGACUCUGACGCAAACCUUGUAAGGCGCAGUUGGGUCUCCCUGGCCCUUCUGUCUCGCUGGUAUGCAAUCAGCGUUGCUGAUUACAGUGUUUUGGGGACGUUCGAAAUCGGAGGCCGCGAGGACGAGAGAGUCCUAGGCUCCGCCACCGCGGGGAUUGCAUCGUACUCUACGAUUCUCAUCGACAUGGUCACUCUCGUCGCUCAAGAGCACAACGUAUGCCAGACAAACACAGGGCUGGGCCGUCUGGUUGGAGCGAACAUGGUCGCAGGUCUUGAGCGUCUGGCCGAGGUAGCAGACUUCCGCAAACCGCACGAGAAUCCCGAGGAUGGCACAACUUAUGGCUUCUUUGAAAGUCUACAAAACCAGCUGUACUGGACCAGUCGCCUCCUGAUCAAGCGGCAUAUAUUCGUUCAUAGUCCAUACGAAAUUAUUUACGCCGCGGAAGAGGUUAUGAACGAGCUGCACAAGGCCAGUAUGCAGUCCCGACUGGCGACACCAUUCGACCUGCAUAGUCUUGCGCUGGCAUCCAUGACUCUUCUCGAGGCUACUGUGCUUCCCGAAUACUCGAACCAGUGCUGGGAGGCGCUCAAAAAGCUCGAAGAAAUUCUCGACUACCGCUCCAAACGCUCCGCCGAGUCCGGUGAAUACGGCGACAUCUUUGGCACCCCGGGUUGGGAUUCGAAGAUCCGCGUCUUCCUGGAAUGGAGACGAACCAAAACUCAGGAGACCCAGCUCCAUGACCCCAGCCUCGGAAAAAGCGGCUCUGCAGCUCCGCCUGUGAUGGGCCCGAAUGAACAGCGCUCUCUCCAACACCUCGCUGACCUGGCUGUCGGUGCGGAAGGCCAAGUAGCCGCCAAUGCCUCCUCUCCGCCCCCCGCCAUCUCUGAACACAACCUGAAUGCCACAUCGCCAAACAUGGCAUCGGCCGCGCAACCGCAUGGUCACGUGGUCGUGGACUUCACUCUACUCACCAAGGAAGGUUACCUCAACGUCUUCUCUGGGUUGAUCUAUCGUCGCCGGUAAUCUAGGUUGUAUACUGGGAUGGGUUACAGGGGGUGUAUUUCAGUGAUGACUGUCUUUUGGAAAAAUUGAGUUGAUUCAAUGUGGCUUGGAUUCUCUCUUCUCUUCUUAACUCCCUCCCAAAAAAAGAAAAUUAUCGGCAAUACCUCACCAUAUUAAUGAUUGCUUUUAUGUGACUAGCGCAACUAUUCUCUUCUUUUCGUGGUCCCUGUAUAGCUAAAUGGAUAUUAUUCUUGCUUU